AGUGUCAGUGUGUCAUUGUUCUGGACCCCCAAGUGUCAGUGUGUCAUUGUUCUGGACCCCAAGUUGUCAGUGUGUCAUUGUUCUGGACCCCCAAGUGUCAGUGUGUCAUUGUUCUGGGAACCCACAAGUGUCAGCGUGUCAUUGUACCGGGACCCCCAAGUGUCAGUGUGUCAUUAUUCCGGGACCCCCCAAGUGUCAGUGUGUCAUUGUUCUAGGACCCCCAAGUGUCAGUGUGUCAUUGUUCCGGGACCCCCAAGUGUCAGUGUGUCAUUAUUCUGGGGCCCCCAAGUGUCAGUGUGUCAUUGUUCUGGGACCCCCAAGUGUCAGUGUGUCAUUGUUCUGGGGCCCCCAAGUGUCAGUGUGUCAUUGUUC